AUGGCGCCGAAGGAAAAAGCCCCUGCAAAGGGGUCCAAGGCGGCGGUUGAGAAGAAGGUCAAGAAGGCCCAGGCAGUCGGCAAGGCUUUGAAGAAGCCGGGGAGAACUGCAACAGCAAAGGCGCGGUACACUGUGCGCUUUCGCAGGCCCCGGACUUUGAAGAAGCCGCGGACUCCGAAGGCGCCGCGUCUGGCGCGUCUGUGGGCAGCAAAUCCAAUUGCUGCGCUGCAGCGCAACGACAAGUACCGCGUGCUGCAGCACCCAGUGACAACAGAAAGUGCCAUGAAAAAGAUUGAAGAGACAAAUACUUUGGUCUUUUUGUGCGACCCGAGGGCCAGCAAAAGGAGAAUCAAAGAAGCCGUGAAGGAGACCUACGGAGUCGUGGCCCAGCGGGUCAACACGCUCAUCAGAGUCGACGGAAAGAAGAAGGCUUAUGUCCGUCUCACCCCCGAGUUCGAUGCGCUUGACGUGGCCAACAAGAUCGGCAUCAUUUGA